AUGAAGCUGAACGUGUAUCUUGUGGUUCUCCUCGAAUGCCUGUGCCUUGCAAGCGGUGAGAUCGGUUUAGUGGGUGACACGAGGUCCGAACGAGAGGAGAUGAUGAGGAAGUUCCUGAAGAAGAAAGACGGAGCCAUUAAGUUGGUCGGCGGCACUGGAAAUCACGAAGGCAAUGUUGAGAUCCUCCACGGCGGAAGAUGGGGAGCUGUCUGCGAUGAUGAAUGGGACUCGAAUGAAGCCAAAGUUGUGUGUCAGCAGCUUGGAUUUCCCGGCCAUGUUAAGGCAACUCACAGUGGCUAUUUUGGCGAGGCAAGAAGAAAGUUUUGGAUGGACAAUGUUGAGUGCACGGGCAAAGAGCCGGAACUAAUUGGUUGUCGCUUUGAUGGCUGGGGCCACAGCGACUGCGAGGCGAGCGAGGCGGCCGGGGUGGUGUGCAAAACGCCACCCACCCCGCUGCCCGCAAAAAAUCUCACACGCACCGUGGUGCGUCCGAAGCAUCGCCUAAAGACCGGGCACAGCCUUCAGAUGAGAUUAGCCGGUGGCCGUAUUCACAGCGAGGGACGCAUUGAGGUGCGACUGAACAAUGUGGGUCCCUGGGGUGCAAUUUGCGCCGACGGCUGGUCACUUCUGGAGGCGAAUGUGGCGUGCAGAGUUCUGGGCUUGGGUUUUGCGAGCGCCGCUCUGCAAACGGACUAUUUCACACCCCCCGACGCGACUCCGAAGAUCCUCCUCUCGGGCACAGAAUGCCACGGCAACGAGACACAUUUGCAGGAUUGCCUCCAUCACGAGGUGUCUUCGGCGGAGGCGCAUUGUUCUGGCAACAAGAGACACGUGGCGGGCGUGAUGUGUGAGGAGAAGAUGGCUGAUUUGGUGCUGGACUUCAAGGAGAUUGAGCAGACGGCCCACCUCGAGGACAGACCACUGUUCUUCCUGCAGUGCGCAAUGGAGGAGAAUUGUCUGGCCGCCCAAGCGUACGAGAUCCAAAAGACAGAUUACAACUGGCAUCAAGCAACGAGGCGUCUCUUGAAAUUCACAGCCAGUGUCCGUAAUGACGGAACGGCGGCUUUUCGGUCCCACAUCCCGAAAGAGCAGUGGGAAUGGCACAUGUGUCACAUGCACUAUCACAGCAUGGAAGUCUUCGCUACAUUCGAUGUCAUCGACGGGAGUGGAAAGAAAAUCGCCGAAGGCCACAAAGCCUCUUUCUGCUUGGAGGACAAUCAAUGUGACGAGGGAAUUAAGGCCACAUACUUUUGUGCCAAUUACGGGGAUCAAGGAAUCUCUGUGAAUUGCACCGACAUUUAUAGGUACAGUAUCGAUUGCCAGUGGGUGGACAUUAGUGAAAUUGAUUAUGGCACUUACACGCUCAAGAUCUCUGUUAAUCCAGAGUUCAAAGUGGCUGAAAUGUCUUUCGACAAUAAUGCAGCAACUUGCACUUUUCUAUACACUGAAUCCUUCGGGCGAGUCUACGACUGCAAAAUGGGUCGUCCGUAGACCUGCGGAAAGUGCCUCUUGCAUUAUUUAUACGAGAAAAACACUUUCUGAGCUCACCGUGGGA